GCAGGAAUACCACCAAGCAAUUUUCCGGAGUACCUACAGAAUGGUAACAUUUGAAGACCCGUUUGAUGACUACAUUACUAGGAGAAUUCGCUCCACUGUAUUGGAAUGGUCAUGUAGAAGUCCAGAUUCCGGAUGUGCCCAUGAAUCGAGAACAAAAUUCAGAGCAUGGAUGAUCAACAAUGAACCGGUUUUACCAAAUCUGCGAGAAAUCGUUUACUGUACGGCCCUUAGAGAAGGGGCUGAAAUUGAAUGGGACUUUGCUUACAGGAAAUAUUUGGAAUCAAACUCUCCAUCUGAAAAGAAUGUGCUACUUGAUGCUUUGGGUUGCACCAGACUUCGUUGGCUGUUGUCCAGAUAUUUGGAUAAAUUAUUGGAUGAUCCUAGCAUUAGGAUACAAGACGCAGAUAGAAUAUUCGAAUCGGUGGCAAAGAACAAAAUUGGAACCUCCAUUGCAUUCGAUUUCUUGAGGAAAAACUGGAACGAUCUUUUGAGCCACUUUGGGGAUGGAUUCAACAUACUGGCUAGAAUGAUAAAAUCUCUGGCGUUUCAAAUGAACACGGAAUUUCAGUUGUUGGAGCUGGAACGAUUUAGAGACAGCAUAAAGCAUAACAUCAGCACAACAGCCAGUGCCUUCGAUAGUGCCAUAGAGACUGUGAAAGCUAAUGUAAAAUGGAUGGAGAAGAACUACCAUCAAGUGGAGCAGUGGUUACAGAAAUAUAAGGAUCAUUAUGAUUACGUUUAGGCGGCUUCCUCUGAAAUUUCAAUUUAAGCAGUGCUAUAUCGAACACUUAAGGUCAAAAAAUGAAAAUAGGUGCGAGGCAAUUAGUCCAAUUUAGUAGAUGAACUAUGCAGAUUCUGUGACUCCGGAAAUUCAACUAACAGAAGCAAUGCACGAAAAACGGUCGAAAACGCACUGUACUUCAUUGCUUCUGUUAGUUGAAUUUCCGGUGUCACAGAAUCCUACUUAAUUUACAUUUUAGGAAAUUAUACCCGAUUGAAGAUUCUUAAAUUCAUCAAGUGCUAGGUUCUAUGUGCGCCCUUUUUAUUUUUUCCAAGAUAAAAUGUCCGUUACAGAGCACCGCUAAUAUAUUUCAGAAAAAUAAUGAUGUGAUGACUAUUACACUUAUCAGUUCAUAGAUUGAUAUGAAAUCAGCUAACUUUGCUAUUCAUCUUUAUAUUAACUUCAAAAUCAUAGUGAAUUCAGUUGAAAACAUUCUUG